AUGGCUGUCGACCGGGCAGAGUACAAGAAAGAUAUGACGAAGCUGCAAGGUUCGAUUGUGGCUCUCGUGACUCCAAUGAAGUCAGAACCUCCACAUGAACUGGAUGUCGAGGCCCUCAAGAAUUUGGUCGAGUGGCAUAUUGCGGAGGGCACAGACGCCAUUGUAGCGAUGGGAACAACCGGCGAGUCCCCGACUCUGACAUCCGGAGAAUGGGAGACCGUUGUCAGCACGUGCGUUAGCGUUGCAGCCGGGCGUGUGGCUGUGAUAGCAGGCACAGGCACAAACUGCACAGCAACUUCGGUUGAGAAGACAAAAAGGGCCCAGGAAUUAGGCGCCGAUGCAGCCCUUGUUGUGACACCUUACUACAACAAGCCUUCACAAGCAGCACUCUUUGAACACUACCGUACAAUUGCAGCUGCUGUACCUAACUUCCCAAUCAUCACCUACAAUGUACCAAGUCGUACAGCGUGUGACCUCCUGCCGGAGACGAUCGCCAGAAUUGCGAAGGAAGCGAAAAACGUCAUUGGAAACAAAGAAGCGUCGGGACAGCUUGAGAGAUUCGAAGCACAGCGGAAAUUGCUCGGCCCCACCUUCAGGCUUUUCAGUGGCGAAGACUGUCAGAGCUGCGAAGCCAUGCUUGCAGGAGUAUGUGACGGAGUAAUUAGCGUCACAAGCAAUGUCGUACCGCGCCAGAUGCAUCAAAUGUGCCAGUGCGCUCUCAAAAGAGAUCGUGAGAGGGCCAAACAAAUUGAUGACCAACUCAUGGGUCUACACAAGAACCUCUUUUGCGAGUCUAAUCCAACGGCAACAAAGUGGCUUUUAGCGCAGACUGGGAAAAUUCCUUCUGGCAUUCGCCUUCCCUUGCUUCCCCUCUCAGCAGCCUAUCACGAAUCAGUUAGAAAUGCCCUCAAGGAGGCCCAAAGGGCUCAGGCUUAG